CAGGCACUCCUGAUGCCUCAUUUGCCUCUGGCCUCUUUUCGACCGCCACUUUGGGGGCUGAGACCGUCACGGGGCCUCCCUAGGCCUCGGCCUCUUUCCACCCAGCCAGAGCCCCAUGGAUCCCCCAUUUCCCGGAGGAACCGUGAAGCAAAACAGAAGCGCCUGCGGGAGAGGCAGGCAGCACUGGAGGCUGGGAUAACUGGGAAGAACAAGUCACCUGCAGGAUCCAGUAAGGCCUGGACUCCUAAGGAGAUAGUAUUGUAUGAAAUCCCUACAGAACUUGGUGAAAAGAAAGAUGUCUCCAGGCCCCUGCCUCCUGCAUACAGCCCCCAAUAUGUUGAGGCUGCCUGGUACCCCUGGUGGGUGCGAGAAGGCUUCUUCAAACCAGAAUAUAAGGCCCAGCUGCCCCAGGCCACAGGGGAAAUCUUUUCCAUGUGUAUCCCACCCCCUAACGUCACUGGCUCCCUGCACAUCGGCCAUGCACUCACCGUGGCCAUACAGGAUGCCCUUGUUCGCUGGCACCGGAUGCGUGGGGAUCAGGUGCUGUGGGUCCCUGGUUCAGAUCACGCAGGAAUAGCUACACAAGCUGUGGUGGAGAAACAGCUAUGGAGGGAACAGGGAGUGAGGAGACAUGAGCUGAGCCGGGAAGCCUUCCUGAGGGAAGUGUGGAAGUGGAAGGAGGAGAAGGGUGGGGAGAUCUGUGAGCAGCUCCGCAUGCUGGGGGCCUCCUUGGACUGGGAUCGAGAGUGCUUCACUAUGGACGCUGGCUCCUCAGUGGCCGUGACUGAAGCUUUUGUGCGACUCUACAAGGCGGGGCUGUUGUACCGGAACCGGCAGCUUGUCAACUGGUCGUGUGCUUUAAGAUCAGCCAUCUCGGACAUUGAGGUGGAGAGCCGGCCCCUGCCGGGCCGCACGGAGCUUCGACUGCCCGGCUGCCCCGCCCCGGUUUCUUUUGGCCUCCUUGUUUCUGUUGCCUUCCCUGUGGAUGGAGAGCCUGAUGCCGAGGUCGUGAUAGGAACCACGAGGCCAGAGACGUUGCCUGGAGACGUGGCUGUGGCAGUCCACCCCGAUGACUCCCGAUACACACAUCUACAUGGGCGGCAACUUCGUCAUCCCUUGACUGGACACCUUCUCCCUCUCAUCACGGACUCCGCUGUCCAGCCACACCUGGGCACAGGGGCAGUGAAGGUGACGCCGGCCCACAGCCCUGCUGAUGCUGAGAUGGGAGCCCGGCAUGGGUUGAGCCCCCAGAGUGUCAUCGCAGAGGAUGGGACCAUGACCUCGCUCUGUGGGGACUGGCUGCAGGGUCUUCACCGGUUUGUGGCCCGGGAGAAGAUUAUGUCUGCACUGAGGGAACGGGGACUGUUCCGGGACCUUCAAAGCCACCCCAUGGUGCUGCCCAUCUGCAGCCGAUCCGGGGAUGUGGUAGAAUACCUACUGAAGAGCCAGUGGUUUGUCCGCUGCCGAGAAAUGGGGGACCAGGCUGCCAAGGCCGUGGAGUCGGGGGCCCUCGGGCUCCAUCCACCCUUCCACCAGAAGAAUUGGCAGCACUGGUUUUCCCACAUUGGGGACUGGUGUGUCUCCCGGCAGCUGUGGUGGGGCCAUCAGAUCCCAGCCUACCUCGUGGUAGAAGAGCAGGUAAAGGGUGAUGGGGAAGACUGUUGGGUGGUUGGGAGGUCAGAAGCUGAGGCCAGAGAGGCAGCUGCAGAACUGACAGGGAGGCCAGGGGCAGAGCUGACCCUGGAGAGGGACCCUGACGUCCUGGACACAUGGUUCUCUUCGGCUCUUUUCCCCUUUUCUGCUCUGGGCUGGCCACAAGAGACCCCCGACCUCGCUCGUUUCUAUCCCCUGUCACUUCUGGAGACGGGCAGUGACCUCCUGCUGUUCUGGGUGGGCCGCAUGGUCAUGCUGGGGACCCAGCUCACGGGGCAGCUCCCCUUCAGCAAGGUGCUUCUUCACUCCAUGGUUCGGGACCGGCAGGGCCGGAAGAUGAGCAAGUCCCUGGGGAAUGUGCUGGACCCGAGGGACAUCAUCAUUGGGGCAGAGCUGCAGGUGCUGCAGGAGAAGCUGAGGGAUGGGAACCUGGAUCCUGCAGAGCUGGCGAUUGCAGCUACAGCACAAAGAAAGGACUUCCCUCACGGGAUCCCCGAGUGUGGGACAGAUGCCCUGAGAUUCACACUGUGCUCCCAUGGAGCCCUGGGGGGUGACCUGAACCUGUCUAUCUCUGAAGUUCUGAGCUCCCGACAUUUCUGCAACAAGAUCUGGAAUGCUCUGCGCUUUAUCCUCAACGUCCUGGGGGAGAAAUUCACACCCGAGCCUGCAGAGGAGCUGUCUCCCGCAUCCCCCGUGGACGCCUGGAUCCUGAGCCGCCUCGCCCUCACUGCCCAACAGUGUGAGCGGGGUUUCCUCACCCGCGAGCUCUCGCUCGUCACUCACACUCUGCACCACUUCUGGCUCCACAACCUCUGUGACACUUACCUGGAGGCAGUGAAGCCGGUGCUGGCACGUUCCCCCCACCCCUCGGGGCCGCCUCAGAUCCUGUUCUUCUGUGCUGACGUUGGCCUCCGCCUCCUUGCCCCACUGAUGCCCUUCCUGGCUGAGGAGCUCUGGCAACGGCUGCCCAGCAGGCCAGGCUGCUCCCCCGCCCCCAGCAUCUGUGUUGCCCCGUACCCCAGUGCCCACAGCUUGGAGCACUGGCGCCAGCCUGAGCUGGAGCAGCGCUUCUCCCAGGUCCAGGAGGCCGCGCAGGGGCUUCGGGCUCUCCGGGCCAUGUACCAGCUCACCAAGGCUCGGCCCCGAGUGCUGUUGCAGAGCUCGGAGCUGGGCGAGCAGGGCCUCUUUGAGGCCUUCCUGGAGCCCCUGGGCACCCUGGGCCACUGCGGGGCUGUGGGCCUCCUAUCCCCAGGUGCGGCAGCUCCCUCCGGCUGGGCCCAGGCUCCACUCAGUGACACUGUUCAGAUCUUCAUGGAGCUGCAGGGCUUGGUGGACCCCCAGACCCAUCUACCUCUGCUGGCUGCCCGAAGACACAAGUUGCAGAAGCAGCUUGAGGACCUCCUAGCCCGGACCCCAUCUCACGGGGCGGCAGAGACACAGAGGCAGCAAAGGCUUUCUUCCCUCCAAAUGGAGUUGUUGAAACUAGACAAGGCAGCCUCUCACCUGCGGCAGCUGAUGGAGGAGUUUCAGCCCCGGGAGUGUUGA